AUGGAGGAAUCAGACUCACCACACCCCAGCGAGCAGCGGCAGGACGGGGACGCGGAACAAGGGGAUGCUGACGCUGAGGCUGCUGGACAGGAGGAGCGGUCGGGAGUGGAGGCUGCGCCGGCAAAACCGACGGCGGAAGAGGAGGAGGUGCGGGAGGAAGGACUGGCGUCGGCUGUAUCUGAAGGGAGGCGAGCGCAGGCAGAACCAACGCUUGCGGCGGCUGAGUCGGCGGGGGAGGAGCUGACGGUGGAGGAGGCACCGUCGGCGCUGGCGGCGGCGGAGGAACCUGCCGAGGAGGAGGAAAUGGCCUCGGCCGCCAAGGCUGAUUGCAGGGACGCCAUGGAUGACGGAAGAGCUGACCCCGCGGGCGGAGGUAGUACGGCGUUCGACCAGAUGGUGGGUGAUACACAGGGCUUCGGGAGUCCAGGGAGGAACGCCGACCACGCCCCGAUCCGCCGCUCGAUUCGGCUUCAACCAAGUCCGCGGCGGCUCGGAGCAGGGCUGACACCUGGCCUCCCUGGCCCCCUUCGGGGGUGGGAGUGCCAGACCUACCCACCACGACCUCACGGCGAGGGGCCUUCGCGGCCUUGCCCGUCAUCGGCGGGAGCGGAGGAGGAGGAAGCGGGCGAGUUGCCAGCAGAGGAGGAAGUUUUGCGACCACCAAUCAGAUCCGGUCCAUGGCGGGAAAGGCACGGGAGGCCAGAGGUGGUGUCAGAGGAGGGGAUCGCUGAUAGGCCAGCUGCUGCUGACAACGACGAGGAGGAGGAGGCUUAUAUGGCAUCGGAGGAAGGAGAAUCAGAAGAGGUCUCACUGGAUGAUGAGCCUGGGGUGGGUAACCACCAGGGGAACGCCCGAUCUGGGAGAUCAUGA